AGUCUUAUUUUGCAUCACAUGAUGUAACAUGUGAUUGACUCUGGAAAGCAGGAAAUGUAGGCAGAAAACAAUACGACACAUUUUUUGUCAGUUAUAUUGUAAAUCAGCGAUGUACAGUUUUGGCAACGGAUUACAUCGUUUAUUCAGACUGUGGAUGGUCUUUGCGUCCCUUUUCAGUAAGUACACAGCACGGACGAGCCACAACUUCAUGAAAAUGUGAUGCAAAGUCGAAAGAUGUUCCUUAUAUCUUGUUCACCUAAUUUACAAACCGGUGGGAAGCGAUUUAUUAGGAACAUCUUUUAGUAUAAGACAUUCUGGCGCACCAUCAACACCCCUUAGAACUUAAACAUUUAAUUUAAAGAGCUUCUAUCUCCCGUCUGACCAUGUUAACAGUGAAGUCAUGUAGAAGCUUGAAAGCAGAUUUUGUGGUUGCCCUGCUGUACUGGGUUGCAUUUGAUUGCAGAAGUGUUCAUAAUUUUAUGGCUAAUCAAUGUAAAAUACUAAAUGUUUAAUUUUAAUCAUGUUCUUUGCCAAGUAAUAAUACAAAAAAAAAAAAAAAACAGAUUGCAAACAUAAUUGUGUGGUAAAUUGGUUUUAUCAGGUCUGCCUUGUUUCUAUUUUCACAGUUAACCAUGGAUUUGCUGGCAAAAUGAAAAUAGUUGAGGAGCCAAACACAUUUGGGUACGUAAAGAAAAAAAUAUGUCUGGCAUAGUUCAAACCUCUUGGACAUUUGUCCUCAUCUAACUUUAUUUUCUUUGUUUUUGUGUCUAGGUUGAAUAAUCCUUUCAUGGCCCAGGGGAGCAGACUACAGCCUAAAGCGACCCCAUCUCCAGUGUCUGGUAAAACAGUUUGGCAUAAACUGAACCCUGUAUUUUCUUAUUGAAUCCUUGAAUGUUGUGAAGGAAAAGAAUUAACUAGGAUGAGUUAUUCUGUUUACCAUCACUGAAUUCACCGGCCGGCUCUGAUGUGUUUCCCUACAUAGGCCCUGCACAUCUCCAUCGGCUUGCAGGGAAGUGCUUUAGUUUCACAGAGUCAACGUAAGCAUCUUUUAAAAUAGUAUAUUUUUGCUCAUGUUGUUGCUUGUUUAUUAUAUUCAUAGUUAACAGGCAACAUGACACUUGCACUGUGUUUUUUUUGAAGGUACAAAUAUGAGUUCUGUCCAUUUCACAACAUCACCCAACAUGAGCAGUCGUACAGAUGGAACGCUUACAGUGGAAUACUAGGGUAAGAUAGGGUUCACCUGAAGAAAACCCACUUUAACUGCAAAUACCAGUGUUUAAAGACAUUUUUUGUUCUUUCCUCUUCGUGUGCUCCCAACAGGAUUUGGCAGGAGUGGGAAAUAGUAAAUAACACUUUCACAGGCAUGUGGAUGAGAGAUGGGGAUACUUGUGGAACCAGAAACAGGGAAACAAAGGUGUGUGGGAUGUUUAGCACAUUCAAACACACUUGAAGAAUAUUAAAUGAACUAAGACAUUAGAAAGACAUACUCCUCAGUUAUUCUUACAAUUACCUUAGCCACAUUAGAACUACAUAUUUCACUGUGUAACCUGUUUUCUUAAUGUUCUUAAUAUAGGUGAUUCUUAUGUGCAGUACAAACAGUAAGCUGGCUCAAGUCUCGGAGCCCAGUACCUGUGUGUACUCUGUGACCUUUGAGACGCCACUUGUUUGCCAUCCACAUUCUCUAUUAGGUAAAACAAAGACUUUCAGCACAUGUCAGUAGGGAAGGCCAGUGUGAACAGGGAUUUCUUAUCAUUUUUUGUGCUCUUUUUAAGUGUACCCAACACUAAGUGAAAAGCUGCAAAGAGAGUGGGAUGAAGCGGAACAGGCACGCUAUGAAGAUCUUAUUACAGAGCAGGUAAUGAUUAGUCCGGCAAAAGUACUAAGCAACAGGACUUGUUGAUCAAAUUUUUGUCAAUAAAAUCUUACAGGCAUAGUUUGCUUCUCUCAACAUUAAACUCACUGCCUUAUUCUUUGGUUUUGGUGUACCAAAUUUAUCAAGUAUCUUUGUGAUAUUUUUCUACAAUCACUAUGACUGUCUGCUGCAGGGUUAUAACAAUCUUUUGAGGGAUAUUUUUGAGGAUGCUGGUCUCCUGAAAAGUCAAAGAGUGAAAAUAAAGUCACCAGAGGUUGCCCCUGAUUCAGAAACACACAACUCAUUACAGAAAUGCACAGAGGUGUGUAUAUCUAAUCACUCUUUCAAAGACAAAUCAGCAGUUGUUGUACAAAUGCUUGCAUUCACAGCAUAUUUCCAAUGUCUUUGUAUAUUAUCACGUAGGAUUUCCAAAAACAGACAGAAGAGAUUGAGAGACUGCGUGCGCUUCUUACUCAACACAACAUUCCUUUUGAUUCAAAGCAAAGUAAGUAAACUCAACCACACUAUUGUCACUCAUUUAAGUUUCAGCACUGAGUGUGACUUAUAUAAUAUAUACUAUAUUUGCUAAAUUUUGCAGAUGAAGCCAAAAGCACCGUGGGCAUCACGGUUAAAGAUCCACAUCCAAGAGGAGACACUGGCCUUAUAGACAUGCUGUGAACAUUUCCUGAGCACAUCACUGUCUUCGUUGAAGGAACAAAGACUCGAUUUGAAGAUUUAACCAGCCACAGAGACACUUGCUGGACAUAAUAACUGCAAGGUGUAAGCAGGUGACAUGGAGAAAAAAACUGAACCCAGCUGUGGGUAACAAGUUUUACAGACUUUUCUUUUUUUAUGUCAAAACACUAGCAAUAUUUUUUUUCCAAGACUCACUUGUGAGAGGAUAAUAUUGUUGACAAAAUCUGUGAAAAUGCUGCAUAUUUAAAAUUAAAUGUGGUUUUUAAGGGCAAGUGGACUACUGAAAGAGACCAAAUGUUUUGAAUUAUUUAAGAUCUCAACAUUGAAUCUUGACUACAAAUAUUUUACAAGACAAAACAGGGUUUGAAAAGAAGGGAAGAAUUUUCUUCAAACAUAUCCUUUAACUUUUAUGAGUUUGAAACCAAAAAUAUGGAAAUCUGUACCAAGUAGAGAAAAACCUACAAUCAAAAAUAGAUUUCAAGAAAUAUGCUGGAUGUAAAGCACUGUGCUUCAAUUGUACAAAAAUCAGUAUUUUCCUCCAAAAUGUAAAAGUAUGUAAAACUAAGCAGAUCAUGGUAUAGCUUAACACGGGGAAAGCAUCAAUCAUUUGUUAAACCUAAGUUUGUAAUAUAAGUGUACAGGGGAAGUUAUGUCACCUGUUUUAACCGCACACAGUUUCCUUCCUUAAAAUGGUGACUUUCAAGUUGCAAGUUGUAAUGUAAAUUUGAGACUUUUUUUCCGCCAAAUGGUGUAGAUUAUAAAAAGAAUUCUUCACCAUUUCACUGUUUGAAGGAGUUCUUGUUGUAAGGUAUUUGUAAAACCAAAACAUGUCAAUCAUGGUUAUACCAUCAGUGGAUGAGAAGGUGAAGCUCAUCAGUGACUGCACAGAUGCUGGGAUUUGACAUGUACAGACACGUCUCCGCUGCAAGCAUUCCAGAGACUUUGAACUGCGACAUUUUUCCAGAUUUGUGUUUCUUCUUGAGGGAUUUAAAUCUCACCACAUUGUGAUAGUGAGACCGGACUUUCUGAGAAGUAAAAAGUCAACAACUACGUGGAAAAUAUGAUGUGUUGAAAUUAAACUUUAUGAAAAAGGUUUAGGUUAUUGAUAACUACCAAGCUACAAUGCACAUGUUAUAUCAAGACAUGGAGAGGAAUUACUGAUGUAGACACAGAAAAAAAAAAUAGCACAACUGGCAUUUUAAUAAAAACACAAAUUUUCCUCUUGCACAAUUCUAAAAGGCUACAAGUCCAUGGUUCAUAUCAGGAUUUUCACAUAGUCCACUGAUCCUUCAACAUGUUCAGGUCUUGCUCUGGUGAAUUUUAUGUUUUUCUUUGGUGGUGGUGGUGGUGAUAGCAUGUUUAUGUUAGCAGCUGGAUGACUUCUCUAGCUCGGUGCGCCCUCUGCUGGACAACACUGUCCUCUGGCAUUUGUCCUGACUCCUCAAUAAGAGCUAAGGCCUUCUGUGCUGUGGUGUCUCGGGCUCCUCCACGUAGCCCCUCCAGGUACUGCAUCAGCAAGGAAAACUUGUCA